AACUGAUUCUUGUACAAAUUUAACUGAUUCUUGUUCUAUCUCUCCGAAACAAUAAAUCAGCAAUUAAAAUGGUUUCUUUACACGUUAUAAGAUCAUUUCUUCUUCUUUUCAUUGUUUCUAUUCAUCUUUGUCGCACGACUUCAUCAAGCUCAGAACCAGAAGCUAAUAUUACUAUCGAUGUGAGCCAAGCCUAUAAACUUAUUCAUUCUGGCUACACUUUUCUUGAUGUCAGAACUGUUGAAGAAUUUGAAAAAGGCCAUGUUGAUUCGGAGAAAGUCUUCAAUGUUCCUUACUGGUUAUAUACUCCACAAGGUCAAGAUAUUAACCCUAAUUUCUUGGAACAUGUCUCAUCUUUCUGCAACCAAACCGAUCAUCUCGUCGUGGGUUGUAAAUCUGGAGUUAGAUCAUUGUAUGCUACCAAAGUUCUUGUUUCUUCCGGCUUCAAGACUGUAAAAAACAUGGACGGUGGUUACAUUGCUUGGGUCAAUAAGAGAUUUCCAGUUAAAGUGGAACACAAGGAACUCAAAUACGAUGAGCUCUGAUUCAGAUUAUUCAAAUCUAACCAUGUUAAUGUUAUACUGUUUUAAAAAAAGAAGAAGUAAAUGUGAAUAUGUAUGUAUUCACUUAUUAUCGCAUUAAAUAAAACACAUAAUAUUUGGGUUUCA